AAGAAGAGGAAGAAAGAACGGACGGACGGACGGAAGGAAGGAAGAAGGUAAGAAGAAAAGAGACAGAUUAGGAGGAUGUCUCUGACGUGUCGAGUACAGUACUUGAACGACGUCGAUCCGUUCGCUUACGCGAGCUCCUAUCCGGAGCCACCGAGACCUCCCGUGCACACCUUCAGCGUGACCUUGCCGUUGAUCAACCAGCUUGCCGCCGUUCAUCGACUUCUUCGAGCACCUCACAGGCUCGAUGAUACGGCUCUUCAACUCUACAAAGAUGGCGAUUAUGGAGCUUAUUUGGAUCUUGAGGCUUCGAUCAGCGAACAACAAGAAGAAUUUGAAGGCUUUCAGACAAACCGGAAGAACUCAAUCGUUCUCAGGACUCAGCUUUCUGUGAGGGUUCACACCAUCAUAGAAAAAUUGCUGAACAGCGAGGGUCGCGAACUACGAAGAGCUCUCUUUUCUCUCAAGCAGAUCUUUCAGGAGGACAAAGACCUGGUGCACGAGUUCGUGCAAAACGAUGGAUUGGCUUGCCUCAUCAAGGUCGGCAGCGAGGCCGAUCAGAAUUAUCAAAAUUAUAUACUACGAGCUCUCGGUCAGGUGAUGCUCUACGUGGAUGGCAUGAAUGGCGUGAUAGAACAUGGUCAGACGGUACAAUGGUUAUACACCCUUAUAGCAAGUCGCUUUCGGUUGGUCGUAAAGACGGCUCUGAAAUUAUUGCUGGUCUUCGUCGAGUACGUGGAAACCAACAGUUUGUUGCUCGUUCGAGCUGUACGUUCGGUAGACACAUCAAGAGGUAUGAUACCAUGGACGAACGUAAUGAAGCUUUUGAAGGAUUACGAUGCCGCUGACACGGAACUUUUAAUAUACGCAACGACCUUGGUCAAUAAGUGCUUGAACGGUAUUCCGGAUCAAGACACUUACUAUGAUCAAGUGGACUGUCUCGAGGAGCAAGGAAUUGAGGGUAUUAUUCAAAGAUAUUUGUCCAAACAAGGAACAGAUCUCGAUCUUCUUAGACAGUUUCACAUUUACGAAGCUGUACUCCAACACGAAGAUGGCAACGACCGAGGAUCGCCAAUUCGUCAGCUCGACGAUAAUAUCAGGAAAACUCUACGCAACCGGAAGUCUCUGGUGGAUUCUCACGAGCGUCGAAAGUCCCGUAGGCACUCGACUGGCACGUCGCCGCUUUCGAUGUCCUUGAACGCUCGUUUAAGUCCACGCUCGAACCAUUCUUUGGGACUUAGCUCCCUGAACAACACUUUGAAUUCGAGUCUGCCCGAUGACGAUGACGAGUCGAGUAGCUCUCAAAGUUCUCAAGGACAUCUCGGGGAAGUUCAACUCAAUGGCAGUUAUAAGGAGAACAAAGUCGACGUUGGCGUAACACCAGCUUUGAGACGUAGAAGAGAACGAGCGGAGAGGCAAAGGAGUUUUAUCAGGGAGCAACAAGAGGCUACCGCGAAUAUGAGAGCUUCCGUUGACCAUUCGGACGAUCAGGACACUUCCUUCUCGUCGAAUGGUUUGCGAUAUCAUCCGAAUGGCACGUCCUCGUACGAAAGGAAAACUGACUCUCCAUCUAACAAACUUUCCCGAACGAAUAGCAGAAAGGAUUUAACACCGCUAAUGAACGCCGCGAAUAAGCUCGACUCGGAGGAGAAAAAGCCUUGGUACGGUAAGAGUCCUGACGAGGGUGUCGAGUGCGACGAGGGUAAUAAUACCGAUGACGACGAGAAUCGUCGAGUGGUUUUACAAUUGAAACGAGAAGGUACCGUCAAAGAUCUAACGCAGAAAUUAACGGCACAGAAUCUCAUACCGAGCAGUCCUGUCGAUGAAAAGGUUUCCAGGAUAGGAGAUAUGAGCGGCUUGAUCUCGAAGGCUAAAGAGGGAUUGGCCAAAUCAAAGUCCAAGGCUGACGUAUUGAAAUCACCGACAGGCGAGAAUUUGCUCAAGGUGCAGGAAGUGAAGAAAUCGGAGAAUGAGUUGCACUGGGAGGAACUCGUAAAAAAGUUAAAAAGACCGUUGGCUCUGUGCGACCUUGACUUUACGGAUCUAAAUUCGGAGGAUGAAAUCGACGUUUUGGGACCGGUAAACGUGACGAACGGCGUUCCACCUCCUCCACCACCGAUGGUACCAGUUCCACCUCCUUCGAUGUUGCCCCCGCCGAGUUCUAGUGCCAAACCACCACCACCUUUACCUCAUCUUCCACCGCCUCUUUUUUCGCCUCUCAAUCUGAAAUCCACGAGAUCAUCGAUGAACAACGAUCCAACAAAUUCUUUAAGAAGUCCACCUUUAAAUUCUCCGGCUUCGACCUUGACCAUAAAAAAGAGCAAAAAGACUGUGAAACUGUUCUGGAAAGAGGUCAGGGACGAUCCCAUCAUCCUCUCGAGAUUGGACAAGAACAAGAUGAUUUGGGACGAGCUCUCGCCAGUGCCCAUUGACACGCAGAAACUCGAACACCUUUUCGAGAGCAGAGCCAAGGAUCUUAUCACCAAGGAGAAACAACAAGAAAUGAACAAGAACAAAGAAAUCAUCGUACUCGACCACAAAAGAUCAAACGCGAUCAAUAUCGGCAUGACCAAAUUGCCACCACCGAGAUCCAUCAAAACAGCCAUUUUAAAGAUGGAUGCGACCAUUAUGAACAGAGAAGGUAUCGAGAAACUUUUGACGAUGCUACCGACGGAAGAAGAAAGAUCGAGGAUACAAGAGGCACAAGCUGCGAAUCCCGAUCUUCCUUUGGGAUCGGCAGAACAGUUUCUUCUCACAUUGGCAUCGAUAUCGGAAUUGCCAGCGAGAUUGAAGCUCUGGGCAUUUAAGUUGGACUUUGAAAAUUCUGAAAAGGAAAUUGCGGACCCUUUGAUGGAUCUCAAGCAGGGAAUGGAGACGCUGCGAGUGAAUAAAACCUUUCGUGGGAUUCUGAGCACGCUCCUUUCGAUAGGGAUAUUCCUCAACGGAAACGAGGUGAAGGGCUUUCAACUGGAAUACCUUGCCAAAGUACCUGAAGUAAAGGACACCGUUCACAAGCACUCGCUACUUCAUCACCUCUGCUAUAUGGUGAUGGAAAAGUUUCCGGAUUCCACGGACCUCUACUCCGAGAUCGGUGCAGUGACACGGGCUUCGAAGAUCGACUUUGACGAGUUGGCCGCGAAUAUUGGCAAACUUGAAAAUGAGUGCAAGGCGUCGUGGGAUCAUUUGAAAUUAAUCGCCAAACACGAUGGUUCGACGAUGAUGAAAGUCAAGAUGUCCGACUUUCUGGCCGACUGCGCGGAAAGGAUAAUAGUCCUGGGUAUCGUUCACAGGCGUAUCAUAAAUCGAUUUCACAAGUUCAUACUGUGGCUUGGUAUACCGCUCCAUAGAGUACAGGACACCAAGCCAAACGAAUUUUGUAGGAUAGUAUCGGAAUUUGCUCUCGAGUAUAGAACGACCCGAGAACGGGUAAUACAGCAGCUCGAGAAGAAAGCCAAUCAUCGAGAGAGAAAUAAGACGAGAGGAAAGAUGAUCACCGAGGUUGGUAAGUUUAGGACGAAAGAGGAUCGAGCGGAUGCCGAGCUGAGGCAACUCCUAGGAAGCGACAUUUCCGACGUUGAAAGUAUUCAUGGUACGCUACCCUGGCGAAGGCAAAGAAAGGACGGACGAACUACGCUGGGACCUUUGCUAAGAGACGAAGGUACUAACGGUAAUCUCACCGACGGCGAUGACGAACUUUUAGAAUCUCUCGUAAAGACUGCAACGAAGACACCAGCUACGAGGACAACACCAAGGGAACGUAAAAGGACGAGACACGCCGAUCGUAAGUCUUUGCGUAGAACCUUGAAGAACGGUCUCUCGGAAGAGGAAAAGAAACACAUCGCCGCCUACAUCAAGGGCUAUUGACUGUGAUAUUAUCCACCCUUCUCUCUCCCAAGCAACCCCUGAUGGAAAUUUUCUUAUUCGAAGGAAACAUGCGUGCGUGGGGGGGGGGGAGGAAAGGUCUCUGAGCAAAAUGCUAUGUAAAUCUUGUUUCUCACGAAGAUUCUUGGCUGCUCGCUCAAUGUUCGGAAAGAAAUGGAAAAGAACGACGACAAACUGGAUGACAAGAAGAAAAGCAACUCUCCUCCAUGCAGAGCAUAACUUUCAAUUAAUUAUAUCUUUAUGAUGACACACAUACUCUUGCCAAAUCUCUCUAUCAAACCCGUAUAUCAAACGGUCUUUUAAAACUCUCCAAUAUUUUUCCUUUUUGUUUCGUUUUUAUAUACUUUUAUUCUUUUUUUUUUGUUUUUGUUGUCUUUUUUUUCUCCUAGCUUUUUCUUUACAAUUUUCGUCUUAUUUUGUGCGGUACGGUUACUUAUUUAACGUCGUCGUCGCGUUAAAUCGAAUCACUUUUUAAGAAAUUAUUAUUUGUAACCACGCGUAACCACCGCACGCACGCGAUACAUAUGAAUUUUACGUAUGUAGAAUGAUGAUAAUCUCUGCAGUCUCGAGUGAAAUUUUACAAAUGAAAAAGGGUUUCUUUUUUUUUUUUAAAUUUGUCUUUUACAAUUUAUUCAAAUGAAAGAAAAAAAAAAAGAAAAAUGAUGUCUCUUGGAUCAUUAACAUACAUAUUUUCUCUGAAAGAAUUGCUUUUGGUAAAAGAAAGAUAGGGUGACGGAUGUAAACGAUACUAAUUGAUACUCUUUUACGAGAAAUAUAUACGUAUAUAUAUAUAAUAUCGUAUUUAUAUUCUUAUGCCAUUGGUUAUAGCCGUAACAGGGUAAGUUAUUCGUGCCUGUGCUAGUUCAACGUUUUUCUCACUUUUUUUUCUUGUCAGAGCUACGAUGUAAAUUGCUUAUAAUAUGGUCGAUGGAUAAAAUUUAAUGAUUAAGAAUGAACGAAAAAAAAAUAUAUAUAUAUAUAAAAAGGUAAAGAGAGAAAUUCAGAAGGGUGAUCUCGUGCCUCGUUGCGUGCCUGGUGGAAAAGUAGGA